AUGUUUCGGAAAAAGACUCAUGGUCCCAUAGUAAAUGGCAAAGAAGUACCAGUUGAUGUGAUUUCUCCUGCUGUACCAGUGGAAAUGCUAGAAAUACGACGUACCUAUUCGUUACAAGAUUUUGAACUAAUGGCAACAUUAGGUACCGGUACAUUUGGACGAGUUCGUCUCGUGCAGUUGAAAGAAGAGGGAUCCUUUCAUGCCCUUAAGAUACUGAAAAAGAGUGAAAUCUUGAGGUUACAACAACUUCAUCAUAUCAAAUGUGAAGUCGAGAUCUUAAGUAGAAUCAAUCACCCAUUUAUUGUCAAUUAUUUCGGUCAUUUUCAAGAUGAACGGAGACUGUAUUUGGUACUGGAGUACGUACAAGGAGGUGAAUUGUUUUCCUACUUGAGACGUCAAGGUCGUUUUCAGGAUCAAGUAGCUUGUUACUAUGCAUCACAAUUGGUCAUGGCUAUGGCUUAUCUUCAUGCACAACAUAUUAUUUACCGUGACUUGAAACCAGAGAACUUACUCAUCACAUCUGAAGGAUCUCUUAAAAUCACUGACUUUGGCUUUGCCAAGAUUGUCAAGGACAAGACAUGGACAUUGUGCGGCACACCAGAAUACCUCGCACCGGAGAUUAUUCAAAGCAAAGGACAUGGCAAAUCGGUGGAUUGGUGGGCACUAGGUGUACUCAUUUAUGAAAUGCUGGCCGGGUAUCCGCCCUUCUACGACGAAAACCCGUUUGGUAUUUACCAAAAGAUCCUUGACGGAAAGGUGGAAUUCCCCAAGCACAUAGACUCCAAGGCAAAGGACCUCAUUAAAAAGCUUCUUUCGCAAGACCGCACGAAGCGACUGGGCUGCUUACGAGGCGGAUCCGAGGAUGUGAAGAAACAUAAAUAUUUUGCCAAAGUGGACUGGGAUGCCGUGCUCGCACGCUCGGAAACGCCACCGUAUUUGCCACCAGUUAGAGGCCCCGGUGAUCACACGCACUUUGACGAGUACCCAGACUCACCCAUUGACGACGCUGUCGUCUUGUAUGGCGACGACAGAGCUGCCUUUGACGCGUUUGACCAAUUUUAA